CACUGAAUGCCCAGGCCGCCCUCUCCCAAGCUCGGGAGCACCAGCUCGCCUCUGCCGCAGAGCCGCCCUUAGGCUCUCGGCUCACAGCCCAGCCCCCAGUACCCCGGCCGGAGCACUGUGAGGGAGCUGCAGCAGGGUUAAAGGCAGCCCAGGGGCCACCCCCUCCUGCUGUGCCUCCAGAUGCGGAUGCAGUGGCUUGCACACAGACGGCCCUCCUGCAGAAGCUGACCUGGGCCUCAGCUGAGCUGGGUUCAAGUGCCUCCCUGGAGACUAGCAUCCAGCUGUGUGGCCUUAUCCGGGCCUGUGCUGAGGCCCUGCACAGCCUGAAGCAGCUGCAACACUAACCCGCCUUCCCCCACCGCCCCCCGAAAAAUCCUGUAGAAAAACAGCUGUCCCUCUGUGUGGUUUGUUCUUUUCUUGAUAGAGUGUGCAUGCCAGCCCUAGCUCCACUUACCUUCUUCCUACUUUGGGCCUUUCCGCUUUCCACGUCUGUUCUUCCUGGUGCCCUGAAAGAUGAGUUGAGCUUAUUUCUGCUCAGUUUCUGCAAUCAGAAUGAAGGGUAGUUAGAGGACUAUGUGAUACUCCUUUGCUGAGGAAGAGGCCAUAGCCUCCUCAGGCAGAAGGAAGAGGGCUGGCAACUAGCCUUGUUUCGCACCGCCCUGCAGCCACUCAUUCCCGACCGUUUCUCCUCACCCCUGAGCGCUCUGAUUCUAUUACCCUUCCCACUUCAUGCCCACCCCAGGCGCUCAGACGCUGAUGGGGUUGUAGGGACUCCAACAUUGCACGUUAAGAGUCAAGCGUGGACUUGCCUAAGUCUCUUUGCCCCCACUUUUAGAUCCUUAGGGGAGGGUAAUUGUGCAGAAGAUUGUGUAUGGGAUGGGACAGUAAAAAGAACGCCAAGGAAGCACGUCUGCCCCUUCUGGCCUCUUUCGCCCUUCUUCCAGCUUCCCUUCUAUGGGUUGCCCUGGUAUCUAUUCAGCUGUGCGCUACGCGGACCGCCAGGGCCGUUUUAAGUGAGGCCCCGCCCACGCGGGGAGGCGGGGCCGAGGCGGAGUCCAGGAGCUGGGGCGAGAACAAAGCGGGGCCUGCGGGAGGUGGCUGACUCGGCCUGUGGGCCCUGCCUGCGGCGGCCCGGGCGGAGGCCUGGGCGGAGUGCCGCAAAGAGGGAGGUAGCGUUUUCCUCCGCGCCGGUCGGGCCAUGAACGGACUGCCCUCGGCCGAGGCGCCAGGCGGCGUGGGCUGCGCCCUGGCCGGGCUCCCACCGCUGCCGCGCGGCCUCAGCGGCCUCCUCAACGCGAGCGGGGGCUCGUCGCCGCCGGCCCGCGCCGGCCGCUCAACCUGGACUCCGCUCUGGCCGCGCUGCGCAAGGAGAUGGUGGGUCUGCGGCAGCUGGACAUGUCCCUGCUGUGCCAGUUGUGGGGCUUGUACGAGUCAAUCCAGGACUACAAGCAUCUGUGCCAAGACCUGAGUUUAUGCCAAGACCUGUCGUCCUCCCUGCACUCGGACAGCUCUUACCCACCCGACGCCGGCCUGUCCGAUGAUGAUGAGCCGCCUGAUGCCAACCUGCCCCCAGACCCACCACCCCUCACUGUACCCCAGACACACAAUGCCCGGGACCAGUGGCUGCAGGACGCCUUCCACAUCAGCCUCUGAAGAUCUGGAGUCGGUGGGGAUGCAAUGCACCCAAGCAAAAGGCUCAAAACUCACCCUUUCCGCAAUCCUCAGACGACAGUGCCUGCUCUUCCACCGGUACCACCUCACCUUACCUCUCAGGAGGGCAAGGCGUGUGCUCCUCAGGCAAAACUGGCAGCCCCCCUCCUGCUUAGCGGGCACUGGGUGGGCUCCUAGGUUGCACCUCUGCCAUGGCCCUGGGCCUCCACUUCUCCCACACACGAGCACCCCCAGCUUGGCCAACCCUCAAUCGGGCAGUGGGGCCCACGGCAUCUUGCAUCUCCUUGGCGUCUCUGGGCCUGGGAUGAGUGCCGGGCUCCCAUCUGUUCUUCACCUUUUGCUGCUCUUGGCAGCUCCUGGCUCAGGGGCAUCCCACCUCCCUCCCUGGGUUCCAGCGUCCUGGAUGAGGACUCCAGGACUCACCCCUGUACCCAGCCACGGCGGUAAAAGGCUAGGGCCCCAUCCUGGAUAUUUAAAUUUAGGGGCCAGCCUUCUGGGCGCGAAAAUAAAUGUUCUCUUGGCAUUGUG